AUGGGACUGCAACUCUGGAUACCGCUAUCGUUUGUUGCUUUAUGGUCGUUGAGCGUCAGUGCAGAAAACAAGACUUUUUUGCUACCCUAUUCAACAGCUAUUCGAAGGAGCAAUCAGAGAACUGAAUCAGCAGAAGCGGAUUCUACUAGUGCAGAAAAUGGAGAAUUUCCUGCCCAGAAUCGUGAAAUACGGAGAUCAUUUUUUACUCCGCCUCGUGCCUACCAUCAACUGAAUGCGCAAGAAGUCUCAGCCGCACUUCAGCCUGAAAGUUCCACACUUCAUAAUCUGCCUCCACUUCAAAUUCCAGAAACUAUGGGAACAAUGAGUGUGCAGUUCACUGAAGUUAGAACCGUCAAUGAUGAAACUGAGUACCUCUGUCGUUUCAACUAUCCCACGGCCAUGGAAGCUCUCGCACUAGUAUAUGGAUGGACGGGGAAACGAAAUAAUGUUGCGCAACAGGCGCAUCAGCAACGCAAUGACAUGGUACUUCACAUUUUAUUACAAAAAAAAUUUAACUAUUGGUUAAAAGGCUUAAAUUUAACAAUCGUUGUUCACUCUUUUAACGAGCAGAAAGUCAUGUACUUAAAUCUUAUCCCACGUGUUAUCCUGUUUCUACGUGUUAUCCUGUUUUUCAGUAAUAUCACUGGCUUGGAUUAUCCUCGCUCCCAAAGAAUUCGUGUUGAAGAUCCCGGCGUGUUAUCAUCGGCAAUGAUGGAGCCUGGAAGUUCUAGAGCUGAAGUAGAAGUGCAACCAGGACCAUCUACGGUAGCAGCUCCUGGACCAUCUACAAUCGUUGGUGUGAGUUUGACAAAUUCGGAGGGCAAACAAUAUCAGUGUCAAUAUUGCGAUAAACGCUACAAGACCAAAGGCAUGUACAAAAACCACGUCCUCAGCAUACAUUUUGGACAACCAAUCUACCUUUGCGGCAAAGCAGGAUGCACUCAAGUCUUUCAUACUGUGAAGGAACGCGAUCAGUAA